AUGCGGGGAUCCCGGGAACUCCCGUGUAGACAGUGGAGGUCUGAUGAAAGCGCCUGGAGGCGGGAAAGCAGUGGCUGCUUUCAAAUACCACAGGAGGUGACAGAACACAAUGAAGAGAGCCUGUUUCCAGACUGGCAGCCUGAAGAAUGGACGACCUCCAUCUUUGAAGAGUUAUUCUCCGCCGAAGACUUGAUGGACAUCACAGAUGACGGACUACUGAGGAAGAAGAUUGUACAACGGGGCCUUCAGCAGUGGCCCCAACCCGUCUGGGGCCAGGAGGUCACUGAGCUGCAGGGGAUCCUGGAGGACAGGACUGUGGUGUAGAAGGACUCCAAACUUGUUUUUAUCAUCGGGGAAGGAGACGUCCACCAGGCCUUGGAGCGAUGUGCUGUGUCAAUGAAUCCUGAGGAAAUCUCGCUUCUACUCACCGACUCCCCGUAUGCUUACGCACGUCAUGGAAGGGACCCUGAUGUUCCAGCCUUGGCCUCUCUGCUCUACGAGGUCCAGCUCUUGGGUUUCAGGGACAAACCAGACCCCCUGACUCUCUCGAUCCCGGACCGCAUACGGAUUGGCAACCAGAAAUGGGAGAGAGGCAACUUCUGCUUUGAGACGGAGGACUACACCAUGACUGCUAGGGCCUACUACAUGGCCCUGGAUGUCCUGACCACAACAUCCAGAGAGAGGGACAGUUCACUGGAGACAGACAUGGAGGAGGAGGUGUGGGGAUACCGAGUCAAGUGUCUCUAUAACUUGGCCACAGCGCAGCUGAAGAUGGAGCAGCUUAAUGAGACUUUGAGCACCAGUAGGGAUAUGCUGGCCCUGGAUGCCCUAAAUGUCAAGGCCAUCUUCAGGAUGGGAAAGCUGCUGUCGGACUAAGGGGAGCUUGGUGAGGCUCUGGAAACGCUGAAAAAGGCCCUGAAGCUGGAGCCUUCCACCAAGGCCAUCCACACGGAGCUGUGGAAGCUGGUGAAGAAACAGGCCAGACGGAAAAAAAAGCGAACUUGGAAGCGGAAACCCAUGCAAGUCUUCGGGAAAAAAAUUGCACCGUUUUCAAAAUCGCCAGAGAAGAGAGCUUCAUAAAUUCCUUGGAAGUUCCUCUUCGGUGCCCUGGCAGUAGCUAUUGGAAGUUUGCUGACAUUAGUGAUCCUGACCACGAGGAAUUAAUUCACAGCUCACCUCCUGAUCAGGAGCAGGACGAAGCUCAAAGCAAGUGUGUCCUGCAGAAGGGAAAGCAGAACGUACACGACCCCAUUGUUACAGGAGGAGAGCUUAACCAGGUCGCCAUGAGAGUGUAGCCUAUCCCAGCGGGGUCGUCGUGGGCGAGCAGCCUACCCCAGCAGGGUCUCAGUGAGAGAGCAGCCUAUCCCAGUGGGGUCUCAGUGAGAGAGCAGCCUAUCCCAGUGGGGUCUCAGUGAGA